UUAUCUGCUACUUGGUCACUACGACAUUGUACCAACCACGUUGACCUUAUCAUUCCAUACGAUAAGCGUGUUCUUAUAGGUCCUUUGAAAUAAUCCAUUUGCAAUACAUACAGAAAUUAUUUUUGAUUCUACCCAAAAGUGUUCAUAGAGCUGUGAUCUUUCUUACCGUGAUAAACAUGCCUGAUUCAUUUUCGUGCAUCACCUGCCAAGUGUUGUUCAAAAGCCCAGAAUUGCAGCGGGAGCAUUACAAGUCUGAUUGGCACCGAUAUAAUUUGAAGAGGAAGGUUGCCUCGAUUCCCUCCGUCACUUUAGAGGAAUUUGAAACCCGAGUCAAGGAACACAGGGAGCAGGCGCAGGACGAGAACCGUGAUGAUUCACAUUAUUGCAAGUGUUGCUCAAAGUUAUUCAAUACGACCAACGCUUAUAACAACCACCUAAACAGCAAGAAGCACAAGUUAGCGCAAGAGAAGGCUCAGGACGUGUCUGACCAUAGUAACCAAUCCGACACAGAUAGUUUCGUAAAGGUGGAUGCGCCAGAGACCGCAGGAGCAGCUAAGAGUUCUGAUGACAGGGUUAAGUUUACACUCGUCAACACGCAUGGCUCCGGAGACGAGGAUGCCGAGACAGCUUCAGAAAUAGAGGAGCUUGAUUCAGAUGAGUGGGAUGAGUGCCGCAUUAAAGGCAGUGACUCACUCAUCAAGCCACAAGAUUGCCUGUUUUGUUCUCACCACAGCAAGACCAUGGUGAAGAAUGUGAAACACAUGUCUGAGGCGCAUUCCUUCUUCAUUCCUGAUGUGGAGUACUGUGUUGAUGUCAGAGGUCUACUGCUUUACUUAGGAGAGAAGAUUUCUCAAGGAUACAUGUGCCUUUGGUGUAAUGAGACUGGUCGUACAUUUUACUCAAUGGAAGCAGCCCGUGGACAUAUGGUGGACAAAGGCCACUGCAAGAUGUUACAUGAGGGGGUAGCUUUAGCAGAGUAUGCAGACUAUUAUGAUUACAGUGCCUCUUACCCCGAUCAGAAGGAAGCAGAUGAAGACAUGGAUGUGGAUGAGGAAGUGGAAGGCCCGGCAACACUUGAAGGUGACGAUUUCCAGUUGAUGCUUCCAUCCGGUGUUAUGGUUGGCCAUCGGUCACUUAUGAGGUACUACAAGCAGAACCUGACGCACAGCAGCGGGGCGCUGGUGAAGAAGUCAGACCGCAAGCUGCACCGCCUGCUGGGCGUGUAUCGCGCGCUCGGCUGGGCGCCGCGCGACCAGGCGCUCGCUGCCAAGAACGCGCGCGACAUCCACUUCAUGAAGCGCGUACAGGCCAAGUGGCAGAUGAAAAUGUCCCUCAAAAACAACAAGUUCCAGAAACAUUACCGAGCGCAAGUCAACUUCUAAUGUAUCACACUAUUACCAGGACUAUUACCGCUUAUCGCCGUGGAUAACGCAAUAUCAUUUUUUUGUCAAGAAUAUACUAUAGGCUAGGGUCAAUCUACAUGUAACAUGGGCAGCAUGGCGCGACUUGUGUCACUGGUGUUUCUCAUAAGAUCCGCUUUGUUGACAUCAUUUCGAGCGAAUUCCGGCAACUCCGGAAACAUCUCGCCACUUCCCCCGACAUGCCCAAUACCUAGUAUAUCCCUGGAUUUUCACUUACCGCCAAUGUGGAGAAAAUCGUCCAAAAGCGAAUACAGUUUUCUGCAAGCUAUAGCGUUUUUUGUAUUGUACACAACCAUUUGCAAAAAUAUUUUUUUAGCCUUGUCUAUAAAAAUGGCGUGAUACUCUUAUUUUGUGACUAAGUCUGAGUGUCGUACAUAAAUGGGUACGAGAGUUCUUGCCCUAUGACGAUCUUCUCAUCUCUACAAUCAAUUUUCUGCCGAUAUUCUCCACAUUUACUUAACAAUGUCGUAUCGUGUCGUAAGGCAAUACCCACGGCGAAAAAGUGUUAGAAUAACGACGUAUAUUUCAUGUUACUUGUUACGCAUUACUCCUACCACUUAACUGGGACCGUUUGUACGUUUGCGGCUCAGUAGUUUUCAAGUAGUCAUAUAGGUUUGUUUGGGAUUAUCUCAAGUUUAAUCCAUUCAACAGAUAAUUCAUAUUGAAACAAGAAUAAAACGGAAAAAAUACAGCAAAAUACGACUUUUUCAUUGUCACUCAUUUGCACACAUGUUUUUUUAAUUAUAACAUUGUCAAUCAUAACAAAUUCAUACGAACCGUCUCAGUUACGCGGCACAUCACCACAAUAUUCUAUAAACAUUGUCACUUGUAUAUGGAUGAUCCCUUAUGAUUUCCGCAACUGUGGUGCUCAUUUGAAUUAUUUUGAUAGUGUUUAGAGAGUGGCCAUUGUUGGAUCACACAACUUGAGAAUACACUACAUACCUAGUUGUAGUAGAAUCGAAAUUAUUCCUAAAAUAGUUAACCAAAAGCAAUAGAAACACGAUAGCAGAUAUUUAUGACGAGUGGAAGGAUCAUUACGUUGUAUGUUGUGUUAAUACAAUUAUGCUUAGUAAAAUUGUAUAACUGCAAAACAUAGUUAUAUUGUGAAAUUACUGAACUAAACUGUUAAGUUUCAGAACUGCCAAGGUAGAGUGCGUACAUACCCACAUAUAAAUACUUCUAAAUUCUGUAAUGAUGCAAUAAUUAAUUAUGUAAGAUCAAUUUCAUGUAUUAGAAUCGACCAAGAUAAAAUUAUAUUAUAUUAGGUAUAGGUUGUGAUCGUAACACUCCAAAAUACACGGUUUCGCUUUCAGUAUGGAUAGGUCAUUGAGGCCCUGUGACUUUAAGAGAUGCCGAUGUGACAACUAUCCGAGCUCAUAAUAGAUUGUGUUGUGAAAUAUUAGAAUUUUGGGGCAUCGUCAUCAGUCUUGGGGCAACGACUCACAACCUCGCAGAAAUUUCUUUAAUUACAUGCAUAUAGGUAGAUAGAUAGAUAGAAAAAUAACUUUAUUCGUAUCAAUAUGCGGUGCACGUGGUUCAAAACUCGUCGCCUUCCGAGCCUUCAUACUUAGAGUCACGACGAACGUGGCACGGCACACUGCACGCGGUCCGAAAUAGAGUGCUUUUGACGUAAUGAAAAAAAAAAAACACAUGAAGCUGCCGAUGUGGGUGUUAUUGUAUAAAUCUGCGGCACGCGCCCGCGCCAAGCGUUCAUACUUUCCCUUAACCCGUUAGCUCGCUCUGACAUCACACACAUGUGAUGUUGCGGACACCCUUAGGAUUUGAAGGGUUCCGUAAAAUAAAAUGUUAUUGGUGUUUAUUUUUUUACAAUUUAAUUCAUUUCGAGGUUUUAAUCAAAAACGUGUACCAGUGUGAUAGUUUAUAAUCUAAGUACCUAAUAAUACAAUUAUUACAUACCUAUCUGAUGAAUUAAAUUCCACCAGAAUACUCGGAAACAGGGAAUUACGCAAAUUAUUUCGGCUAUGUCGGAAACGCGAAAUAGCUAACUAUUUCAUUAUAAAAAUGAACAGAGGUACUUUAUUCAGUGGUGGGGCGUAAAAGGAUUAGAAUACACACAGGAAGAUUUUCGUAAGUAAAUCGCUUUUUCUCCCGUUAGCGCGUAAUUAGAUUGACCGAGAAAACAUCCCUGGUUUGACGAUUUAGCACGGACUUACACUUGUUGAAUUCUAUUUUUAAAGGAAUUACUCGUAGACCCAACAAGAACCAACCCACCGAUCAAAAGUGUAGAAAAUCGGAUUUUAUUGUUUAAACUAGAACUACUUUAACUUUCAAUGAAGAUUUCAUGUGGGUUAGUUCCCGGUUGCGUAAGUACCUGCCUCCAAUUUAUUUAAGUUAUUUUUGGAAACUCUGGUUCCAUAUACGAUGUUUCUAAAUUAUGCUUCCCUGAAUCAUAAUGGAAUUCAAUCCACAGCAAAAUGUCUACCUCUAAAUAGUGAUUAAUAGUUGAUCAUGUUUUAAUGAAAUAUACAUUUUGUAGGUCCACAUGUAAUGUACCAUGCAAUAUUUUAAAUAGAUCAUAAUCAUCAAA